AACGCAAUCUGCGGAAUUUGAAUGACUAAAUAUUAAAUGAAUUUAGUGUUUGCACAUUCGUUAAGAAGGUUGUGAUUAGGGUAUUAGGUUCAGGGCUGGAGUGAGCAGUUUUCAUAUAACUUUAUGCGUAUAGUUCGACAUCCGACACCGUUGUUAACUGAUUGCGCAUUAUGUGAGUGCGUCUUAUUAAGUUUGUGUCUUCCCUCUGACAGCACGGAGACAUGGACUCGGACCUGGUGGACAUGAUUAGGGGGGAUAAGUACAUGUCUGAGUGUGAGCUGAACGCGUCUGUGAGCAGCGAGGCGGAUCCGCGCAAUGUGCCGCCUGAGCGCAUGUCGCCUCUCCUCCCGGUCAUCACCGCCGUUUACUCUGUAGUGUUCGUGGUGGGGCUGACGGGGAACUGCCUCGUUAUGUUUGUCAUUAUCAGAUACACCAAAAUGAAGACAGCAACCAACAUUUACAUCUUCAACCUGGCUUUGGCUGAUGCUUUGGUUACCACUACAAUGCCAUUUCAGAGUGCAGACUACUUGUUGAACUCUUGGCCAUUUGGUGAAAUAGUAUGCAAAGUCUUCAUCUCCAUUGACUACUACAACAUGUUUACCAGCAUUUUCACCCUAACCAUGAUGAGCGUGGACCGUUAUGUGGCCGUGUGCCAUCCUGUCAAGGCACUAGACUUCCGUACACCACUCAUGGCUAAGACCAUCAACGUGGGCAUAUGGGUACUGUCCUCAGCAGCAGGAGUGCCAGCCAUGGUGCUUGGGGGAACACAGACUAAUAAUGGCACCACAGAGUGUGCCCUGCAGUUUCCUGACCCUUACGAGUACUGGGACACGCUAAUGAAGAUCUGUGUGUUCGUCUUUGCUUUUGUUGCUCCUGUCCUCAUCAUUAGCAUCUGCUACUCUCUCAUGCUUCUGCGACUGCGUAGUGUCCGCUUACUCUCUGGUUCUCGAGAGAAAGACCGCAACCUUCGCCGCAUCACCCGUUUGGUCCUAGUGGUUGUAGCAGCUUUUAUUAUUUGCUGGACUCCUAUUCAUAUCUUCAUUCUUCUGAAAGCUAUAGUGGCCAUUCCUGAGACUACACCACUAAUGGCUGCCUAUUUUCUAUGUGUUGCUCUUGGUUACACCAACAGCAGCCUGAACCCUAUUCUCUAUGCUUUUCUAGAUGAAAAUUUUAAGAGGUGCUUUAAGGACUUCUGUUUGCCAGCAAGGCGAAAGGGAGAUAGAGGGGUUGGAGGGAGCAGACUAGGGAGGAUUGCAUCCAGGCAGUCUCCCCAGGCUGCAGAGAGUGCCCCAAGGACAGCAAAGCCAGCAUGA